AUGCAACGCCUGUGUGAUGAAGUCAUCGAAUUGAUCUUCUACGAGCUCGACGACCCGACCGCUUUAACGCUCACUUCCAAACACUUUCACAAUGUGUCCCAAGACCCCUACGUUCGAGCCCACUACUUUCUCAACCGCUAUGGUCGCAUGGAUGCUAUGUUUUGGGCUUUAGGAAGAGGGAAGAUCAUGUCCGACAAAGUCAUCGACAUCCUAAUCAGUAGUGGCGCAUAUGUAUCCAGAUAUCUUGUCCAAGUCGCCAUACACCAUUAUUUUAGGUCUGCAAAUCAUUUCAUAAAGACCGCAUGGGUUCGCAACAUGUCGAUUCCCGUUUUCGCUCAUUUCAUGAAGGUCGCUUGCGGGUUGUUCGAUGAAGUACCAUUGGGAAAGAAUGAGGAUGACGGUUAUUUCUUCGCUGUAUUUUUAAAGGAGAGUAGGCUUCCACCAGAUAUGAAGAGUACAAAGUGGGAGACGGUGCGAGAUAUUUUUGGCAAGUAUAAGUUUAUCCCGUUCAGCAUGAAGGACCCCCUUAUGGUGCAGUUACCGAUCGCUCUCGCUAUCGAGCCAAGAUUGCUUCCCUAUGCUGAAGCCAAUGGAUUCCACAUGGACACCAAGUACCGCGACUUCGUCUUCCGUAAGAUGUUUGAGAAGAUGGCGCUCAACAACGGUGAGCGGUCCGAUGACAUUCUCAGGAAUGUGCGCGAGCUGCGGCGUCUUGAUGCUAGGAUGUUCCUGAGUCGCACAGUAGCAGCUGAAAUCUGCAUGGAAUCAAAGAGCAAUGAGUCGGCUUACCGUGCACUCAAGAUCCUCGAUCGUACCAAGGAACUCCUAUUCGAUCUCUCCGCCGUCGUCGCUGAGUUGAUCAAGCUAUUUGUCAACACUCGUUCUAUCACUUCCGCCUAUACCAUCAACGUUCUCAGACAUCUAUACGCCGAUUUUCCUAGUACAGAUCCAACAGUCCGCAUUGUCAUGCUCCUCACAGCAUGUUUGUCGGAUAAUGUCCUGGUCCAGCCAAACCCCUCAGGUACACUGAAGAGCAAAUUAGAACCCCUGGGUCUACUCCCAUUGACGAGGAAGGAUAUUGUGGACAUCUUAACCAAUCCAUUUGUUGAGAAACAUUCAGCUCUUGUUGACUUCGCGAAGGACGAGAUGAAUCUCAGUUCGAGUGAUAUCAAAGACAUCCUUCAAGAAGUUGCUGUGAAGUGCCUUAAGAUUGGCAGUAAGGGGAAGACGCUCAAGAAACUCGUUGACUGCCAUCCAUAUCUUCAUGCGGUAUUGCAAGAAAAUGCGGUUCAGUGUUAUGCGAUAAAUUUGGACGAUCUUCCUUCGUAUGACGAUGAAGAGGCAUGCGCUACAUACGAAGCCCCACUAUGUAGAGAUUUCAACACCAGCUCGAAAGCCACACGGAAUAGCUCUGUGGCUGCUGGCCUUCAUUCGGCAGAGCCGAACGCUUCGGGAGACGCAAUUGCUACAGAUGGUCGCGAGAUGGACGAGGAUGAAAGUGGGAAUGAAGGACCUGUUCAAGCUGAAAGCGGGAACACGUCAGAAUUGGGGAUCAUCGGUCAAGAUACAUUGUCCUCUAUGAUUCGACAGGACGAAAUGGCUCCCACACGUUCUCGCAGGCGGUCUUUCUAUUUCAGCUACUUUGGAUCUGACACCACCGGAAAGCUCGGGUACCCAACAGACUUCAUUCCAGUUGGUCGAUGGGUCAAAGAACGAUAUCCGGUCCGAAGUGCGAUGGCUGCUACGUUCCUGACACACGCCGUGAUCAAUAACAACACUACGCAUUUCAGGCUACUUGCACGCCUCGGAAAAGCACCGAACUGGUGUCUUUACCACGAGAUUGAGAACGGCGCCGAAUUUUACUUUUCUGAAGAAGACUAUCUUUCGAAGCAACCACCAGCGACGGAACCGAAGCGGUGUAGCAAAGUGAAAGUGAAGUCGAAGGAGACUAGCCCCACCAUCCCUCGUUUAUCUACCCAGGCCGGUCCGUCGAAGGUUCAAGUUUCUCCACGCGCCACUAAACGGAGACCGCGGCGCUCUGCGGCCGCUGUCAUGUCUUAUGUCAUCCCAGAUUCUGAUGAUGAAGCUAUCGUUGAGGAUGAUGACGAAAAUGCUGUUGUCGUCCUCAUGACAAUGCAGGCAAAGAAGCGAAAGGUAGAGUCGAAUCUACAACGGUGGGUCAAGCAUCUGUCAGUGUUGCUGGCCGAGGAACAGAAAAAGUACAAGGAAAAACGCAAGCGUCUUGAGAAGAGUGCGCCUUCCGAGGGAAGACGUCGCGUUGCAAAGAGCGAGUUUCAUAAAUCAUUGAUGGUCAAUCUUCGCUCUCUACGAAAACUGGACCUAGAUAAGCGGAAACAACUUUAUGGCCCAGACGCAGCGGAAGAUGAUUACUUCACCGAAGAUGAUGGUGAUGAUGAAUAUCGGGAACGGACAACACGCGCUAACAAGAGGCGCCGUGUGACCACGUAG